UACCGCGGCGCUGUGCAGGUGCCUGGGCUUGACGCGGGUGCUGUUCACUCGAUGUACAAGAAGGCGGAUCUUUGUUCUGUACCUUCUCUAUCCGUUAGCAGUCAUGAGUAGCGAAUUCCUGGCUGAGCUGCACUGGGAGGAUGGGUUCGCCAUCCCAGUGGCGAACGAGGAGAACAAGCUACUGGAAGAUCAGUUGUCAAAGCUGAAGGAUGAAAGAGCAAGCUUGCAAGAUGAGUUACGUGAGUAUGAAGAGCGUAUUAAUUCUAUGACUUCUCACUUCAAAAAUGUUAAGCAAGAGCUCUCAAUUACACAGUCUCUUUGCAAAGCAAGGGAGCGUGAGACUGAAAGUGAAGAACAUUUUAAGGCCAUUGCUCAAAGAGAAUUGGAACGAGUGAAAGAUGAAAUUCAACGACUGGAAAAUGAGAUGGCUUCAAUACUGGAAAAGAAAAGUGAUAAAGAAAAUGGCAUAUUUAAAGCCACUCAAAAAUUGGAUGGUUUGAAGUGUCAAAUGAACUGGGACCAGCAAGCAUUGGAGGCCUGGUUAGAAGAAUCAGCUCAUAAAGAUAGUGAUGCUCUCACUCUUCAGAAGUAUGCACAACAAGAUGAUAAUAAAAUCAGGGCACUGACUCUGCAAUUAGAAAGACUAACUUUGGAAUGUAAUAAAAAAAGAAAGAUACUUGACAACGAACUUACAGAGACUAUAAGUGCACAGUUAGAAUUGGAUAAAGCGGCACAAGAUUUUCGUAAGAUUCAUAAUGAAAGACAAGAACUCAUUAAACAGUGGGAGAACACAAUAGAACAGAUGCAGAAGAGGGAUGAAGACAUAGAUAACUGUGCUUUGGAAUUAGCAAGGAUAAAGCAGGAAACAAGAGAAAAAGAAAAUUUGGUUAAAGAAAAGAUCAAGUUUUUAGAAAAUGAGAUUGGGAAUAACACAGAAUAUGAGAAAAGAAUUUCUGUGGCUGAUGGUAAACUUUUAAAAGGUAGAACGGCAUAUCAAGACCAUGAAACUAGUAGAAUUCAGCUGAAGGGUGAGCUGGAUUCUUUAAAAGCCACUGUGAAUAGAACUUCCAGUGAUUUAGAAGCUUUGAGGAAAAAUAUUUCCAAGAUAAAGAAGGACAUUCAUGAAGAAACAGCAAGGUUACAAAAAACUAAACAUCAUAAUGCGAUAAUACAAACAAAAUUAAAGGAGAUAACUGAGAAAACCAUGUCUGUAGAAGAGAAAGCUACUAAUUUGGAAGAUAUGCUCAAGGAGGAGGAAAAAGAUGUGAAGGAAGUAGAUGUUCAACUGAACCUCAUAAAAAAUGUGCUGUUUAAGAAAGCUCAGGAGUUACAGACUGAGGCAAUGAAAGAAAAAGCGAUAUUAUCAGAAAUUGAAGGAACUCGUUCUUCUCUGAAACAUCUCAACCAUCAGUUACAAAAACUGGAUUUUGAAACCUUGAAGCAGCAAGAAAUUAUGUACAGUCAGGAUUUUCACAUUCAACAAGUGGAACGGAGAAUGUCACGGUUAAAGGGAGAAAUUAAUUCAGAAGAAAAACAAGCCCUUGAAGCAAAAAUUGUUGAACUUAAGAAGUCUUUGGAAGAGAAAAAAUCUACAUGUGGCCUUUUGGAAACACAGAUCAAGAAGCUUCAUAAUGAUCUUUAUUUUAUCAAGAAGUCGUAUAGUAAAAACAGUGAAGAAAAACAGUCCCUUAUGACCAAAAUAAAUGAACUAAACCUUUUCAUUGACCGAUCAGAGAAAGAACUUGAUAAAGCCAAAGCUUUUAAGCAGGAUUUGAUGAUAGAGGACAGUCUUUUAAAACUUGAAGUUAAGCGUACUCGAGAAAUGCUUCACAGUAAGGCAGAAGAAGUUCUUUCCCUAGAAAAAAGAAAACAGCAAUUAUACACAGCAAUGGAAGAGCGAACUGAAGAAAUUAAGGUUCAUAAAACAAUGCUUGCAUCACAAAUAAGAUAUGUUGAUCAAGAACGGGAAAACAUAAGCACUGAGUUUCAUGAGCGGCUAAGUAAAAUUGAGAAGCUGAAGAAUAGAUAUGAAAUUCUGACUGUCGUUAUGCUGCCUCCUGAAGGAGAAGAGGAGAAAACACAGGCCUACUAUGUAAUAAAGGCUGCUCAAGAAAAAGAAGAACUUCAAAGGGAAGGUGACUAUUUGGAUGCUAAGAUCAACAAAGCUGAAAAAGAAAUCUACGCUCUAGAAAAUACCCUGCAAGUGCUGAACAGUUGUAACAACAAUUACAAGCAAUCUUUUAAAAAAGUUACUCCAUCUAGUGAUGAGUAUGAGCUAAAAAUUCAACUAGAAGAACAAAAAAGAGCUGUUGAUGAAAAAUACAGAUACAAACAAAGACAAAUCAGGGAACUUCAAGAAGACAUCCAGAGCAUGGAAAAUACAUUAAAUGUUAUAGAACAUUUAGCAAAUAAUGUCAAAGAAAAGUUAUCAGAGAAGCAGGCUUAUUCAUUUCAACUAAGUAAAGAAACGGAGGAGCAGAAGCCAAAAUUAGAAAGAGUGACCAAGCAGUGUGCAAAACUCACAAAGGAAAUCCGUCUUUUGAAAGACACAAAAGAUGAAACACUGGAAGAACAAGACAUCAAACUUCGUGAGGUGAAACAGUUUCACAAGGUUAUUGAUGAAAUGUUAGUUGAUAUCAUAGAAGAAAAUGCUGAGAUCCGUAUUAUCCUUCAAACAUACUUUCAACAGAGUGGGUUAGAACUACCUACGGCUAGUAUUAAAGGCAGUCGUCAGAGUUCUAGAUCUCCUUCACAUACUUCACUACUAUCAGCAAGGUCAUCUAGGAGUACAAGUACAUCUACUUCUCAGUCUUCAAUUAAAGUACUGGAGCUUAACUUCCCGGCCUCCUCUUCACUAAUAGGCAGCCCUUCUAGGCCAACUAGUGCUAGAAGUAGCUCUAGUAAUGGUAAGAGCAAAAAGAGCAGCAAAUAAACAUUUUAAUCUCUUCUGAAAAAGUUUUAAACACAAAAACAAAAGUAUACUUUAAAAUACAAAACGACCCAACACAUUUUAUCUAGUGGAAAGUGUAAAAACUUAGUGGUAAAUGUAAAACCUAUUUUUUUUUUAAAAAGGAACAUUCUCAUUUUCUCCAUACUGAAGAAAAACAUUAAUAGCAGAUUCUUGAUAAGGCUACAUAUUAUAUAAGCAUAGAAAAAAAUGCUGUAUUUCACUGUAAUUUUGAUGUUCAUAGUGUUAGAAAAUAGUUUGCUUCAUUAUUUCACGAAACUACACUCAUUUCUAAUGUAACAAUCUUUCAAGAAGAAAUGUCUAAAAAUUUACUGUACUAUUAUGAGCUUAUUACAAUGUGAAAAUCUCAUUUACCCUACAAGACACCAAAAUUAGGUUUUCUUUAUUCAAAGUAACUAUUUCUCAGACUUUUGGGGAGGAAAAUUGUUAAAGGCAGUUUCUUCUUUUGCUGUAAUUUUUAACCAAAAAAUAGCAUCAACCCCCCACACACCCCCCCAAAAAAAACCAACUGAUAAGAGAAACACUGUAUAUCAAUUUUAAUAUGCAGCUUAAAUUUAUAAAAAUCACUUCUGACCUUGAAAGAAAUCAAACGUAUUAAAGAUUUGCCAACCAAGUAUAAAGAAUAUAAUUUUGAAAUUUUCUUGAUUUAAUAAACAAUUUAAUGAAAACUAGAUAGGACAUGAUUUGCAAUAGAAAUUUCAUUUAGUUUGAGGUAGACUGCCAAAUACAGUAGUUUUUCCAGUUAAUACUUUAUUAUAACAUGUGCCCAACACUUUGUACUCUUGGAAUGGUGUGGAAUAUUAGAAAACUGGAUUUUAAAUAAAUGUAUUAGAAUUCAUGAAUGUAAAUGUUGUCUCCUUCAAACCUUGGGAAAAAAUACUCAUUACAACUGUCAUUAUUUUAGAACUGUUGUUUGUAUUUCUUUCUGAAAAGCAGUAGUGGUAGUGAAUAGUUCUCCUGAUUAUUUGUUGUUUUGUUUUAGAUACAGGAAAAGGCAUAGCAAAGUCCAAAGAAUAA